AUGUCCGGCCGCGGGAAGCAGGGCGGGAAGGCGCGGGCCAAGGCCAAGUCGCGCUCGUCGCGGGCCGGGCUGCAGUUCCCCGUGGGCCGCGUGCACCGGCUGCUGCGCAAGGGCAACUACGCGGAGCGGGUGGGCGCCGGCGCCCCGGUGUACCUGGCGGCCGUGCUGGAGUACCUGACGGCCGAGAUCCUGGAGCUGGCGGGCAACGCGGCCCGCGACAACAAGAAGACGCGCAUCAUCCCCCGCCACCUGCAGCUGGCCAUCCGCAACGACGAGGAGCUCAACAAGCUGCUGGGCAAGGUGACCAUCGCGCAGGGCGGGGUGCUGCCCAACAUCCAGGCCGUGCUGCUGCCCAAGAAGACCGACAGCCACAAGGCUAAAGCCAAGUGAACAUAAGGGAAAGGCGUCCCGUUGUCUCUUCAGGAGAAAAUAAUCCAAAGGCUCUUUUCAGAGCCACACACAUAAUCAUAAGAGAGCUCAGUUAUCCGUACUAUAGUUAUGCCGUUUUAUAUGAAUUACUCAACCCGUGUUUUCUUAUUUUCUCCAUCUUUAUUGACAGUAUUUUUGGCUUGGUGAUAGUAUCAACGCUCUCCAUGUUUUCGUUAACAAAGUCGUGCCAAAACGUACUCCCAAACCAAAUUCUUCCUGGUAUGGGAUAUUUUCCGUUUAGUUCUUACGCCAAAGAACACGGGAACACUGUAUUUCGGCGAGAGCUCCUGUCCCUACCCGCUCUUCCGCCUUUUUCUUCUCCGAGAGUGGCUGAAACAGCACCAGAGACACGAAGCGUAAUCGUCUUCAGGGAAGGGGGGAAGGGGCAGCGGGCCGGGCUCUCCGCUGGCCAAUCCUUGGUCAGGGCGGUCUUUUUCAAUACUUAAAGCUCUUUUUCUUUCUCAUCGGGAACAAAAGGAAUGGGAGAGCUCAGGGCUAUUUUCAGGUCAAUAAAGAAACCUCCCCUCCUCCCCCAAACAGACAAAACCAUUUAAGGAGACACCUUAAGAGAAAUAAUACAACAGAUUAGACAUGGCUCAGUAGU